GACAUUUGUCUUUCCCAUUGGCGGUUUGUUGACACAUUUUCGACGUUUGCUGUUGUAGAAAUUUGAUAAGGGCGUUGAUUGUGCGGCCGGGCCGGCGGAAUUGUUUUUCUGCCACAAGUGUUCGUAGUGAAGUAAUCGAUCGAUUCGAGGAUGGUGCACGUCGCCUGCAGAGUAACCGUUCGCGACUAUUGAUCCCAAAAGUCUCUAAAGCUGCCUCGAAAUUGCCAGUCGGUGGCACGGAUGCUAAUCAGUCAUGGCGAGGAUUCUUAUCAUCGAACCAUUCUACGGUGGAAGUCACAAACAACUUCUGGAUACUCUCCUUGAAGGAAUAAAUCCAAUAGACUACGAAGUGUUCAGUCUUCCAGCAAAGAAAUGGCAUUGGAGAGCUCGUACAAGUGCUUUAUAUUUUUCACAGACCAUCCCUAUGGAACAUCAAUACCAGAUACUUUUCACUAGCUCAAUUCUAAAUUUAGCGGAACUUCUGGGCGUACGUCCUGAUCUAACCAAAUGUAAGAAAAUCGUUUACUUCCACGAGAAUCAACUCAUAUACCCAGUUCGGGAAAUAAAAGAACGCGACUGCCAAUAUGGGUUGAAUCAAAUCAUGACAUGUUUAUCUGCGGAUGAAAUAAUUUUUAAUUCGAACUUUAACCGGACAUCAUUUCUCAACAAUAUCGUGCCAUUUCUCAACAUCCAAUCCGACUUCAAACUGAAACAUAUCCGCGAGAAAAUUGAACCAAAAUGUGAAGUGCUGUAUUUUCCGAUCAAGUUCCAUAGAAUGCCACAACGGAUGCAUGACGAUGAACUCGACAUGGACUCUCCGACGUCUCUGCAUUUGAUCUGGCCUCAUCGAUGGGAACAUGAUAAGAAUCCGCAACUAUUGACUGAAGUAUUGCUAGAGCUAAAUAAAAGGCAAUUAGAUUUUAAGGCGACAAUUUGUGGUGAGAAUUUCCAAACCGUUCCCGAAUGCUUUGAAGGGAUUCGUGAGAAACUGGGACCAAAACUAGUUAACUUUGGAUAUCUAGGACGUGAAGAAUAUUUUAGAGUGUUACUUACAGGGGAUAUCGUCAUAUCGACAGCCGGUCACGAAUUUUAUGGUGUUUCGAUGCUUGAGGCGUCUUACUGCGGCUGCAUGCCAAUCGCACCAAAUAAACUUGUUUAUCCUGAAAUCUAUCCGCCCGAGAACCUCUACAACACAUCCAACCAACUCAUCAAAAUGCUGUACAACUGGUGUCGGAAUCCAGCCCUAUUUAAGAAGCAUCGUGAUAAAUUCUUUCAAUGUUUUUCAUUUGACAAAUUCUCCGCACAACAUCUCGUUCCAAAAUAUUUGGAUAAGUGGAAGAUUCAGACAAAUAUUUAGUUUUUAAUGUCCAAAGGUGCAUAAAAUAUUUUAAUUUUAUCCUCUAAGCAUACAUACAUACAUAUGUAUAUUCCAAUCGUAACUCGAAUUUUUUGUUCUCGUUUUUUGCUUACAUGUACAAAGCGUAUCAAGCUGUUGUUAUAAAGUGAAUUGGUUUUACGCAAA